AUUGACUUCCUCUCUUGACACCCCUCUUCUUCUUCUCCUCUACCGGGUUUGAUUUUCUUUCUCUUCCGGUUGUCGUCUGUUCGUGUUACAGAUUAACCAGUGACGAAAUGGCCAAGUCAAAGAAUCACACAACCCACAACCAGUCUCGUAAAGCCCACAGGAAUGGCAUCAAGAAGCCCAGAUCUGAUCGUUAUGAGUCACUGAAGGGGGUGGACCCUAAGUUCCUGAGGAACAUGCGCUUUGCUAAGAAGCACAACAAGAAGGGCAUGAAGGCAGCGCAGAAGGCAGCGGCAGCUAAAGCUGUGAAAUAAACUGCCAUCCGGUCACCUCCAUGUUUGUCAGUGUUUCAUAGACUGUUUCCACCAUCACAAUAAAGCUAUGCUUUGUUAACGAAACCAA